CUGCUCUCCCACCUGUAUGGCUGGGUCCCCUGCUCUCCCACCUGUGUGGCGGCGUAUAUAAGUCUGGAAGAGCAUCCUCACUGCCUUAGAGAGUCGUCAGCAGUGCUUGCACUGCCAUCUUCUCAAUCAACAUGAAAGUGGAACUAUUAGCGGUGACCCUGUGCCUGAUGCUGGGAGUAGCCCUGGCCUUGCCCGGCCCUGAUGCCCUGCCCGGCCCUGAUGCCCUACCUUACCCUGAUGCCCUACCUUACCCUGAUGCCCUCCCUGACCCUGAUGCCCUGCCUGACCCUGAGGGAGACCCUGACGCUGAAGCUGAUCCUCAUUAUCACCGUCGUUAUGGCUACGGAGGCUAUGGCGGCUACGGAGGCUAUGGUGGUUACGGGGGUUACGGCGGCUACGGAGGCUUUGGCGGCGGCUUCGGAGGCUUCGGGGGCUACGGUGGAUACGGCUAUCGUCCCUAUUACGGCGGUUAUGGCCACCAUCGCCGCUAUGGUUUCUAUGGUUAAUGCCGUUAUCAACUCUCUCAUGGUUCUCCGUGUCUUUGCCUGCACCUGGAUCUACCGAGUCUUUGUUGAUAUAUCGUGUAACAAUUGAUUCUUAUCAACUGUUUACGUCGUAAUGACUUACGAAUCCAUGUAAGACACUCCUCUCAAAUCCUAAUUUUAAUUUAUAUUUUCUAUUUAUUAUUUUGGCUCGCAAAAGAGACAAUAAAAACUCUUGAUUCUUAAAA